UAUUAAACAAUAGUUUAAUUAGGAUUAUAGAGUUUUAAUAGGGGUUUAUAGCUUCUGGUUACUGCAUGGGAGCAAGAGGUGAUACGUGGCAAAAUAAACUAGUGAAAUUUGGUGCAUCCACGACAUUGCUAUUUUUAAACUGAAAAAAAAAGUAUCUAAAUUGCUGACAUUUAAUGAGGAAUUAUAUGUAUAUGUAUUAUACAUUCAUAAAAGACACACACUUGACCUCUUAAGUAAUAACUGAUAAGACAGAAAGUUUGUGAAUAAAUGCCACUACAAUUAAUAAUAUCGGACCAUUAUUAGUGAACAAUACACAAUUGCAACACCUUAUUAAAUAUAUAUAUAUGGUACUUCCCCAUUUUUACCCACAUGCAUACAUAUUAUAACUCAUAUACACAUUUCUCUCUCUCUCACAUUUUAUACAUCAUACAUAUAUAUAAGGUGGUGGUGGUGGUGCUUUUGGUGGUGUUGCUGUGUUUCUCCGACGUCGAGUCACGCUCCGAUCCGGUAUGGGGAGAAGUCCGUGUUGCGAAAAAACGGGACUAAAGAAAGGGAGAUGGACUGCGGAAGAAGAUGAGAAACUUGUAAACUACAUCAAGGCCAAUGGAGAUGGUUCUUGGAGAUCAUUACCCAAGAAUGCAGGUUUGUUGAGGUGUGGAAAGAGUUGCAGACUAAGAUGGAUAAACUACUUGAAAGAAGAUGUCAAGAGAGGGAACUUCACUGUUGAUGAAGAGGAGACCAUUGUCAAAUUGCACAAAUCUUUGGGAAAUAGGUGGUCCAUAAUAGCAAGCAAUUUACCAGGAAGAACAGACAAUGAAAUAAAGAACUAUUGGAAUUCUCAUUUAAGCAGAAGCAUAUACAGAUUCAGAUCGAUUAAUGGUCAUGAGUCCACCCUCUCUGCAUCAGAUAUGAUCAACAUAGCCAAGAAACGAACCGGUCGGAUUUGCCGAAAGAAUGCCAAAAAAUACCACAAUAGUAAUAGUAACUCACAUUCUGCAUCACCAGAAUCUGAGAACAUUUCCAAUAGUGUGGAGGUGGUGCACGACGAGGGUCCAGGGGAUAAAGUAUCCGUGGACCACAUGGACAACCUUAGUGAGAGAAACGACGGGCGAGAGAGUAUAAACGCAUUAAUUGUUGCACCUACAGAAGAAGUAAUAAGGGCAGAAAAGAGGGGACCAAUGGAGGUAGAUGAAGACACAUUAAUGGAAUGUGAGAACAAUAUGCUAAAUACUUCUGAUGAUUGUGGGGCCCACCUCCUCUACGAAUGCUCGACUUUUUCACCGAUUGUUUCGAAUUUUGCGGAUGAUUUUCUUCAAUGGGAUUAUAACUGUGGAGGUGGAGAGCAACUUGAUCUGUGGAAUGAAGAUGGAGAUAUGUUGAUUUGGUCGUAGCUUGAUUUGAUCAUUUCGUUUUCAUCGAAAAACAAAAUGAAAGAAUACAAGAUUUUAAGUAGAGGACUCAUCAUAAUAAAACGAUCUAUGUAUUUUGUAUUUAUUUGUCACUGCAAACAUUUCGGACAACGUUUUAGUUAAAUUAAUACUUCUGCUUCUUAUGGU